GGGUCCGCCCUUUUAGCCACAGGCCCCGCCCCUCAAGCCACCUCUUCCGGCGUCAUAACGCGGCAGCGGUUGGCUGGUGUGAGACAACAUGGCGGCGUCCUUGCUGGGCUCGCUGCUGCGGACUUUCCGGCAGGUAGUCCCUCCAUCAACGUCAAGUCAAGUGCGAGGUUACUAUGUAGACUGGAAAAUGUUGCGUGAUGUGAAGAGACGAAAAAUGGCUUAUGAAUAUGCAGAUGAGAGACUUCGGAUCAAUUCUCUCAGAAAGAAUACCAUUUUGCCAAAAGACCUUCAGGAAAUGGCUAGUGAAGAAAUUGCUGCCCUUCCACGGGAUAGCUGUCCUGUGAGAAUCAGAAAUCGAUGUGUUAUGACAUCCCGUCCACGUGGUGUAAAGCGUCGUUGGAGGCUUAGUCGCAUUGUCUUUCGCCACUUAGCUGACCAUGGACUACUUUCUGGAGUUCAGCGAGCAAUAUGGUAAAUCAGUUUCAGCUGAUUACAACCUACUCAGCUGCCCGGGAAGUCAAUUCUGGCAAAAGAGACUUUACUAAUAAAAACCAAACCCUAGUUUUUCUAGGGUGUACUAUGUUUAGUCUGCCUGAUAUUGUCUACAGUUAAAUUAUUUUUAGGUUUUUAAAAGAAGAAAUGUGAUUUUUCUCUUUAACUUUACAAUAGGCACAUUACUCCCACACCAGGUAUAAGAGGAAUAAAAAUAUUUUCUGUGGAA